GUUCCCACUACGCCUAUCGAGCAUCGGAUUGGAUACACACUGUCUUCGUUGCAUAUCAUUUUGGUGAAAAGCAUUUGGCCAUAUCCCUAGGUCAGUAUCAUAGCUAUAGCUAUACCUACUAGACGGGCCGAUAGCCUUGGCAGGGGAUGUUCGUUCAUGAUGGUGCAGAAGGGUCAGGUCGGUGCGCCAUAGAUUACCCGAGGCCUCUUGACUACAAAAAGUCUCCUCCAAGACCGUCCCUGAUAUGCUCCAGCGCGCAGCCUCUCGCUAACUUCUCUUAUUAAUUUCUUUUUCCGCAUUGCUGUCUGUUUUUCGCCGUUCGUCACACGCUCUUUCUUCCUCUUUCCGCUUGGCAUCAGCAUGCACGUCUUCUCCUGGACAACCUGGUGGUUCCUUGCAGCGUCGAUGGUGCCCGUCGGUGCUGGCGCGAGCAAAACUUCGGGCGUCGUCGAAGUAGAUCUGGUCUUCCCGCGAAAUGAGACGUACGCACCGACGCCACUUCUCCCCAUUAUUUUUGCUUUCCAGAAUGCCGAGCUCGCGCCCUCGGUCGGCUUCCAGAUCCGCUUCUAUGCAGCUGACUGGAAGACGUGGGACCCGAGCAAAAUGUGGACUAUUUUCACUCACGAGUAUGACAUGAGAUGGGCAAACUUCACAAGUCGCGAGCCCUACUUUGAAUACGACCCAUUCAAAUCGUUCAGAGACGAGGGUACUUGGUUGCUCGUCUGGGAGGUGACCUGGGCUAGUUGCAACGACACCCAGGAUCGGUACUAUCGUGAUCGCCCCAUCCUCAACACUACCGGAGGCCAGAUCAUCUUUACCACCAAAAUAUCCGGCCCAGAGAUUGACCUCAUCGCCGCUACGAAUGACCAGAACUGUGCUGAGAACUGGGGAGUGGCGGUCGACGUUCCAGAUGUUCGAGAUGCUCCGAGUGGCGUGGAGUGGUUUCCCAGCACGACAUGUGCUGUGACAGCGACCACCACUCCCAAACCGGAUCCGUGCAAAGUCAAAAUUGACGCGGAAAUUGCCUCGAGCAUAUCGUCUUCGAUGACUUCCGCAGUAUGCAACUCUGCCUCUACCGAUAUUCCAGUCCCCUGCCCAUCGAAAAAGAGUGCCGCACAUCAACUGCGCAUUGGGGGCUGGGCCUGUUUGUUGGCUGCUUUCGGAGCGUUGGGUCACUCAUUGACAUGAACAGGAGGGUCAUAUCUGUAAUGUUUAACCGGGAUUGAGCAUAUCUAGUUAAUGAUUGGUUCUACACAAACGUCCACGAUGACAUCAGACACCGCC